AUGGCCAUGCAGAUGCAGCUGGAAGCAAACGCAGACACCUCAGCAGAGGAUGAGAGCUUUGGACCUCAGCUCAUCUCCAGGUUAGAGCAAUGUGGUAUCAAUGCAAAUGAUGUGAAGAAACUAGAAGAAGCUGGAUUUCACACAGUGGAGGCUGUUGCUUAUGCACCAAAGAAGGAGCUACUGAAUAUUAAAGGCAUCAGUGAAGCCAAAGCUGACAAAAUCUUGGCUGAGGCAGCCAAGCUGGUUCCCAUGGGCUUCACCACAGCCACGGAAUUCCACCAGCGGAGGUCGGAGAUCAUCCAGAUCACCACUGGCUCCAAGGAACUGGAUAAACUUCUUCAAGGAGGAAUAGAAACAGGAUCCAUCACGGAGCUGUUUGGGGAGUUCCGCACUGGCAAGACCCAGCUGUGUCACACCCUGGCAGUGACAUGUCAGCUGCCCAUCGACCGCGGCGGCGGGGAGGGCAAGGCCAUGUACAUCGACACCGAGGGCACCUUCCGCCCGGAGCGCCUCCUGGCUGUGGCUGAAAGGUAUGGCCUGUCUGGCAGUGAUGUCCUGGACAACGUGGCCUACGCGCGGGGCUUCAACACGGACCACCAGACCCAGCUGCUGUUCCAGGCCUCAGCCAUGAUGGCAGAGUCAAGGUACGCCCUGCUGGUGGUGGACAGUGCCACGGGCCUGUACCGCACCGACUACUCGGGGCGCGGGGAACUCUCAGCACGGCAGAUGCACCUGGCGCGGUUCCUGCGCAUGUUGCUGCGCCUGGCGGACGAGUUCGGUGUGGCCGUGGUGAUCACUAACCAGGUGGUGGCACAGGUGGAUGGAGCAGCCAUGUUUGCUGCAGAUCCCAAAAAACCUAUCGGGGGAAACAUCAUAGCACAUGCUUCCACCACGAGGCUGUACCUGCGGAAGGGCCGAGGUGAGACCAGGAUAUGCAAGAUCUAUGACUCCCCGUGCCUCCCUGAGGCUGAGGCCAUGUUUGCUAUCAAUGCUGAUGGGGUGGGAGAUGCUAAAGACUGA